AUGCUAAUAGGUGACAUAGAUAUAACAAGGCUGAUGGUUUAUGUGCAGCAGGUUGAGGAAGAGAAACUGAGGGAUAGAGAGGAAUUUAGAAACAAGAAAGCUAAGACCUGGAGUGAGUCCGGGCAGCAAAGGAGUAAUGUGAACCGUUGUUUCAAGUUUGGACAGGAGGGUCACCUCAUGAAAGAGUGCCCUAAGAACCAGCAAAGUAAUGGGAAUCAGGGCAAUAUAGCCCAAUCUUCAUCAGUUGCUCCACCAAACAUGGUUGCACCUAGAGGAUCUACUUUCGGUACUGGCAGAGGAGCAAACCUCCUUUAUGCGAUUACUAGUCGUCAAGAGCAAGAAAAUUCUCCAGAUGUUGUCACUGGUAAGUCUUCACUCUUAAUGUUUAUGCUUUGA